AUGCCCGAUAUAUAUGUCGCCGCUUUUAGUAAAUCGCUAGGCCGAAAUGACGAAACGGUUGACCCCGGCGCCCGGCUGCAGGGCAAAGUUGCCAUUGUCACUGGAUCCGGCGCUGCGAUUGCCCGUCACAUCGGGGAAGGAGCUAAAGUGAUCAUUACUGAUAUCAAUGUCGAGGGAGGGCAGAAAGUGGCGGCUCAGAAUCCAGAGAGCAUUGUUUUUCAGCAGAUGGACGUAACGAAAGCGGGGGAUUGGACGGUCCCAACAGCCGAAGUGACUGAGGAGGAAUGGGAGCGGGUUUUUAAUGUGAAUGUCAAAGGAACCUUCCUCGGUUCUCAGGCCUUCGUGGCUAGGUUGAUCCAACAAGGCCAGGGCGGUUCGAUGAUUAAUAUUUCUUCUACUGGUGCAUCACGGCCUCGACCAGGCUUGGUCUGGUACAAUGCAUCCAAUGGCGCGGUUUCGAAUGUAAGCUACAAAGGUCUUGCAGCGGAGUACGGCCCUCACAAUUUCCGCGUCAAUACCGUAAGCCCUCUUCUUUCAGGAACAGGGCUGUUCUCCAUGUUCACUGGCAUGCCUGAUACACCUGAGAACCGAGAGAAGUUUAUCGAAAAUGUGCCGCUGGGUCGACUGACAGACCCUGAUGAUGUUGCAAACAUGUGUUUAUAUCUGGCGAGUGAUGAGGGUAGUUUCAUAAAAGGAACGGAGAUAAUUGUUGGAGGAAAGUGUAUCUAG